AUGGACGCCUGCAAGAUGGAGUCGUGCAAGGCGGAGGCCUCGCUGGCGGCCCUGACGGAUGCGGCCUUCGACAAGGACGAGGGGGUGCGACGUCAGAUCGGCCAGUCCCUCUACGACCUGGGCUGCCACAACCCCGAGCAGGUGCUGGUCUCCUGCCUGGACUUCCUGCUCAAGCACGGCCAGCUGGCCCAGGGCCACCGCACCGCCAUCCUCCAGAGCAUGGAGCGGGUGGUGAGGGACACCAUCUGCCGGGUGGGGCAGCCGUUGGCCAAGAAGAUGAUCGCCCUGGCCUCCGAGGAGAUGAUCCGCUCUAACGAGUCGGCCGUCAACUGGAAGGAGGCCGCCAGCAACCUCCUGGUGGCCCUGGGCUCCAGGUUCAGCGACGAGAUCCUGGAGGAGAUCCUGCAGAAGUUGCAGCCGGGCACCUUGCCACAGUUCUUUGUGGUGCAGACCCUGGCCAACCUGUCGGUGGCCAACAUCCAGGGCAUCGUGCCCUACCUGCCCACCACCCUGCAGACUAUGCUGCCCAUGCUCCACCUGGCCAAGCAGGACAACAUGAAGUGGGUCUUCACCUCGGCCAUGGGCCUCUUCAGCAAGAGCAUCCUGGAGUACCUCUCCACCGUGGACAAGACCUCCAAGCCCGUCCUGAACAAGGACGUCUUCUCCGAGGAGAUCUACGCCGCCUACCGGAUCCUCUUCAUCAACUGGCUGAGGAACAAGGACAUCAAGCUGAGGACGGCCAUCGUGGUGGCCCUGAGCUACAUGGUCCACCUGUUGCCAGCCGACCGGGUGGAGGAGGAGCUGCCCCGAUUUGUGGCCGGCAUCCUGGGCCUCUACAAGAAGCGGUGCGAGCCCUUCUACGUCACGCAGUGCCUACGCAAUAUCCUGGAGGCCGGGGUGGAGAUCGCCAGCCACAUGCCCGAGACCCAGAUGGACACCCUCCUCCCCCAGCUCCACCACCAGAUCUGCACGCCGGUCGACCCGGCCAACGAGCUGAGCCGCAGGAACCACGCCGAGGUCCUCCACUGCUUCGUCAUCCUCUCCCACGUCUCCGUCGACAGCCUCAUCAAGUUCCUCCUGCAGAAGCUGGCCAACAACAACGAGAAGGUGCGCUUCGGAACCCUGACCAUCCUCGACCACAUCGUCCGCACCGGAUUCAAGCCGCUGGAGACCAAGAAGGCCCUGAUUGUGUGCAGCAUGAAGCAGGCCCUGCAGGACAACGACAACAAGGUGAAGAAGAUGCUGGCCCAGGUGAUCGGCAGCAUGGGGGAGCACGGCUACCUCCAGCUGGAAGGCGGGACCACCCUGGUGGAGUUCCUCAUCCAGCUGUGCGGCCUGGUCCCCUCCGAGAACCCCUCCUGGCUCCAGAUGCAGGAGGCCGCCGACCAGGUCAGUGACGAGGAGCUCCGCAAACUCUGCGAGGGCACCAUGGACUUCCUGGUCACCUUGGACGUCAUGGAGGACGUGCUGUGGCCCUUCCUCCUGGAGUUUGUCACGCCCGUCCACUACACCAACGCCCUGACUACCGUCUGCCGCUGCCUGGAGAAGGUGGGUGCUAGGAAGAGGCAGGAGAAGCUGGAGACCCACGCGCUGAACUACAACGAGAGGCUGGGAAUGCCCAAACCGCACUCCCUGCUGACCCGCCUGCUGGCCGUGUCGGCCACCCCUUACGCCGGUCAGGGUCGAGGGGCCGCUGCCCUGCGUCUCCUUCAGGUCCUCAGCCCCAACAUCCAGCCCGAGGUGGUGAAGCUGUGGGACGAGGAGCUGCCGCAGUUGACCCAGUACCUGUCGGAGAAUCAGGAGGACACCCUCCCGCAGAAGCUGUGGGAGGACAAGCUCUUCUUCUUCCUCAGCCGCACCUUGGAGACGGUGACGGACGAGAAGUGGACCUGGCAGCUGAGCGAGGAGAUGACCCGCCACAUCCACAGCUACCACGCCUACCCCAAGGAGAAGGCCUUCCUCUACAAGUGCGUGGGCAUCGUGCUGGGCCAGACCAACAACAAGGAGGUGAUCAACAACGAGCUGCAGGAGAUGCUGCUCAGCGUACAGCACAACGAGGCCCUGGAGCGCGAGGGGCUGGCGACUGGCAUCGGCUUCUGCGCCAUGUCCCACCUGGACGAGACCCUGGCCAAGCUGGACGACUUUGUCAAGAUGGACAUCGUGAAGAAGACCGCCAGCUUCUUCAACAUCCUGAAGGAGAAGCUGGACGGGGACAUGGAGAGGGUGAAGAGCACCCUGAUCCUCUGCUAUGGCUACGUGGCCCUCUACGCCCCCGAGAGUCUGAUCCUCCAGCGCAUCGAGAUCCACAUCUUGGACCACAUCAUCAGCCUCUCCAACACCAAGGUGCUGGGCAUCAAGGUGGAGACCAAGGACCUGAUGAUCAAGCUGACCCUCAUCAAGGCCGUCACUCUGAUCGCCAAGGCAGUCUAUGCCAACAAGGGCAAGCACCACUUCAAGUUCAGCCGCAGGGAGGAGGUGCUGUCCUACAUGCAGGACCUCAUCACCGGCGAGCCCAAAGCCCACCUCAAGACCCGGGUGCGGCAGUCCGCCAUCAACGCCUGCACCCACCUCAUCCGCCUGGAGCCCCGGCUCAACGAGAUGGAGUCGUCCGAGCUGCUCCGCAACUGCCUGGAGGCCGUCUUCUCCUUCCUGCCGCUCGACACGGAGAAGCGGAAGGACACGAAGAAGUUGAAGGAGCGCGAGGUGCUGCACAGCGAGACGGUGGGGGCCCUACACGAGCUGCUGAAGGAGUUCCUCACCCAGAACCUCACCUCCGACGGCCUGGAGUUCAUCUUCAAGCACGUGCAGGAGUGGAUGGUGUCUGUCAAGGACCACGAGAGGGAGCGCUCGGUCGAGGCCAUGUUGGCCCUGUUGACCUUCUACCGAGAGAGGUUCAAGACAGUCAACAUGGGCACCUUCCACAACCUGGGCAUGCUGGUGGGCCGCUUUGUGCCACGCUGUGCCGACCCGGUCCUCUCCAUUCGCUACAUGGCCAUGGAGAGCUUGUACACUCUCCUCUACAUCCAGGUGCGCUACGAGGGCUGCCUGGUCAACCAGAUGGACGACCUGGUUGACCACCUCCGCACCAUCAAGGACCAGCUGCAGAACCCCGACAGCCACAUGCUCUUCCAGAUCUGCUACGACAUCGCCAAGGUCAUCUCCAACAAGCUGCCCAGGCAGCAGCUCCCCCCUCUCCUCUUCACCCUCUUCGAGGGGCUGUCCGACUUCCACUCCACCUGCUCCAGCGCCACCUCGGUGGUGAUGAACACCCUGGUGCGCAAGCACGGCGAGGCACUGAAGGACCAUGUGCCCGACAUCCUGGACCAACUUCAGGCCCGCAUGCAGACCAUCCCCCUGGAGCAGGUCCGCUUCUCUGUCAUCCACUUCAUCUCCAUCCUGACGUCCCAGUGCCUGCUCGGCGUCCUCACCUACCUCCUCUUCCGCCCGCUGCCCUACGACAAGUACACCAGCGCCAUCUGGCACUCGCUGGCCCGCGAGGCCAAGUUGGCUGCCGCCACCAUGGACUGCCUGGUGGGCAAGCUCAACGCCUACCUGGGCCACGACGAGAAGAGGGAGGCCGGAUUCGGCAAGAAACCCCAGGCCACGGGCUCGCCGGAGGCGGUCGCCAUCAUCUACGCCCUGAACGAGAUGGUCUCCAACCCCGAGUCGACCGAGUCAGUGGUCACCCUCUACCCCAAGCUCUUCGGCACCCUGGUCCUCUUCCUCAGCUUCCUGGUCAGCGAGAAGAUGGCCGAGGGCCAGGGCAAGAGCUCGUCCAAGAGGAAGAAGCUGAGCCUCCAGCUGCAAAGCCCCCCGCAGGUCAACGUCUGGGACUCCACGGUGGAGACGCUGAAGAUGACACUGGUGCGCGGGCGGACGGACGAGGUGGUGGCCCUGAUGGAGGACGAGGGGGGCUGGGAGCUGAUGAAGAGCGCGGAGGAGCACCAGCGCGGCGUGUCGGUGUUGGCCAGGGCGGCAAGCCGGCACUCCGCCUGCCACCUGCCCGACAUUGUCCGCUGCCUGGAGCCCGUCCUGCUGGGCGCUCACGAGCACCAGCGGUUGACGGUGGCGGCUUUCUUCGGCGAGCUGCUGGCACAGCCGGCGCUGCAGGGUCUAAGCAUGACCGAUAGCCUGGUGGGCAGCCUGCUGCAGGGUCUGGAGGACACCUCGCCCACCGUUCACUGGUUGUCCAUGAGGGGCCUGGGUAACGUGGCGCUGGGCUCCCCGCAGAAGAUCUCCAAGUACUCGGAGAAGCUGCUGGCCGCCAUGGUGUCGGGGCUGGAGGAGAAGGCGGAGCUGGAUGACCUGGUGGCACUGGAGGCCAUGUCGGGCCUGUCCAAGGUGGUGCGCCAACUGGAGGAGCAGGACGUCAGGAACGUGCUGGGGGGGGUGGUGGCCGCGGUCCAGCCCUUCUUCGAGAACGAGAACGAGAGGCUGCGGGCGGCCGCCUUCGCCGCCUUCGGCAACCUCUCCCGCUUCGCCUGCGACGGGUCGCGCCAGCCCUUCCUGGAGAACGUCCACCACAGCUUGGUCAGCCUCCUCCUCCACCUCAACGACAGCAGCCCCGAGGUGUCGAGGGCCUGCAAGACCGUGCUCCACCUGGUCGGCCCCCACCUCUGCUCCGACGGCAUCUGCGCUGUCUUCCAGACCGAGCUGCUGGAGGAGGCCCACUCUCGCUACUGGGAGUUCAUCGGCCAGCUGACCAAACUGAUCGUCAGCGACUUCCCGGAUAACGUCAGCCUCUACCUGACGGGCAGCAUGUCCUUCUUCAAGAGUAUGCUGCCGGAGAUCCGGGGGAACGCCGUGAUCCUGGCCGGAUUCCUCCUCUACAACCUGCCCAAGGACUACGUGGAGACCAGCAUGGACGAAAACGUCUGUGUGGCCAUCAUCAUGAUGCUUCACGACGUCUCCCCCUGUGUGCGGAUCAAGGCCGCCAAAGUGCUGGGCCUCUACCGGGGCUUCUAGCACCUUCUUCCCGCCCUGGCGUCCGUCCGGGGAGG